AUGGCCACAUUGGUAAUAGAUGAACUGGCAAGAGCAGUGGAGAUCUUUCCACUUAAGAACAAAACAAGCCAUGAAGUGGCUAUGGCAUUUUUCAAUGGAGUCACCUGCAGAUAUGGCUCACCCGAAGUUUUGUUGACUGAUAUUGGUAGAGAAUGUGUAAACAUGACCUUACAGUGUCUGGCAGAAGUUAUGGGGUCACAGAAAAUAACAAUUAUUCCAUACAGACCUGAAGCAAAUGGGUUAUGUGAACGAGCAAACAAGAAUGUGCUCGAAGCUCUCAGGAAGACCACAGGAGGAAAUUACAGGAACUGGGAUAGAUAG